AUGAUGAAGCCUCAACACGACGCUACCUUCUCACGCAUGAACAAAAUCGAUGGCUGGGGAUCUUUGGAGGCCGAGGGAAAAAUAUUAAUAAUGAUGAAGCCUCAACACGACGCUACCUUCUCACGCAUGAACAAAAUCGAUGACUGGGGAUCUUUGGAGGCCGAGGGAAAAAUAUUCAUAAUGACGAAGCCUCAACACGACGCUACCUUCUCACGCAUGAACAAAAUCGAUGGCUGGGGAUCUUUGGAGGCCGAGGGAAAAAUAUUAAUAAUGAUGAAGCCUCAACACGACGCUACCUUCUCACGCAUGAACAAAAUCGAUGGCUGGGGAUCUUUGGAGGCCGAGGGAAAAAUAUUAAUAAUGAUUAAGCCUCAACACGACGCUUCCCCCUCAAUAGCCCCCAAAAUCGAUGACUGGGGAUCUUUGGAGGCCGAGGGAAAAAUAUUCAUAAUGACGAAGCCUCAACACGACGCUACCUUCUCACGCAUGAACAAAAUCGAUGACUGGGGAUCUUUGGAGGCCGAGGGAAAAAUAUUCAUAAUGAUGAAGCCUCAACACGACGCUACCUUCUCACGCAUGAACAAAAUCGAUGGCUGGGGAUCUUUGGAGGCCGAGGGAAAAAUAUUAAUAAUGAUGAAGCCUCAACACGACGCUACCUUCCCCUCACUCCCCAACAAAAUCGAUGGCUGGGGAUCUUUCGAGGCCGAGGGAAAAAUAUUCAUAAUGACGAAGCCUCAACACGACGCUACCUUCUCACGCAUGAACAAAAUCGAUGUCUGGGGAUCUUUGGAGGCCGAGGGAAAAAUAUUCAUAACGAUAAAGCCUCAACACGACGCUACCUUCACACGCAUGAACAAAAUCGAUGGCUGGGGAUCUUUCGAGGCCGAGGGAAAAAUAUUCAUAAUGACGAAGCCUCAACACGACGCUACCUUCUCACGCAUGACCAAAAUCGAUGGCUGGGGAUCUUUGGAGGCCGAGGGAAAAAUAUUCAUAAUGAUGAAGCCUCAACACGACGCUACCUUCUCACGCAUGAACAAAAUCGAUGGCUGGGGAUCUUUGGAGGCCGAGGGAAAAAUAUUAAUAAUGAUGAAGCCUGAACACGACGCUACCUUCUUACGCAUGAACAAAGUCGAUGGCUGGGGAUCUUUGGAGGCCGAGGGAAAAAUAUUAAUAAUGAUGAAGCCUGAACACGACGCUACCUUCUCACGCAUGAACAAAAUCGAUGGCUGGGGAUCUUUGGAGGCCGAGGGAAAAAUAUUCAUAAUGAUGAAGCCUCAACACGACGCUACCUUCUCACGCAUGAACAAAAUCGAUGUCUGGGGAUCUUUGGAGGCCGAGGGAAAAAUAUUCAUAAUGAUGAAGCCUCAACACGACGCUACCUUCUCACGCAUGAACAAAAUCGAUGGCUGGGGAUCUUUGGAGGCCGAGGGAAAAAUAUUCAUAAUGAUGAAGCCUCAACACGACGCUACCUUCUCACGCAUGAACAAAAUCGAUGGCUGGGGAUCUUUGGAGGCCGAGGGAAAAAUAUUCAUAAUGAUGAAGCCUCAACACGACGCUACCUUCUCACGCAUGAACAAAAUCGAUGGCUGGGGAUCUUUGGAGGCCGAGGGAAAAAUAUUCAUAACGAUAAAGCCUCAACACGACGCUACCUUCUCACGCAUGAACAAAAUCGAUGGCUGGGGAUCUUUGGAGGCCGAGGGAAAAAUAUUAAUAAUGAUGAAGCCUGAACACGACGCUACCUUCUUACGCAUGAACAAAAUCGAUGUAUGGGGAUCUCUGGAGGCAGAGGGAAAAAUAUUCAUAAUGACGAAGCCUCAACACGACGCUACCUUCUCACGCAUGAACAAAAUCGAUGUCUGGGGAUCUUUGGAGGCCGAGGGAAAAAUAUUCAUAAUGAUGAAGCCUCAACACGACGCUACCUUCUCACGCAUGAACAAAAUCGAUGGCUGGGGAUCUUUGGAGGCCGAGGGAAAAAUAUUCAUAAUGAUGAAGCCUCAACACGACGCUACCUUCUCACGCAUGAACAAAAUCGAUGGCUGGGGAUCUUUGGAGGCCGAGGGAAAAAUAUUAAUAAUGAUGAAGCCUCAACACGACGCUACCUUCUCACGCAUGAACAAAAUCGAUGGCUGGGGAUCUUUGGAGGCCGAGGGAAAAAUAUUCAUAAUGAUGAAGCCUCAACACGACGCUUCCCCCUCAACCGCAUGA